AUGGCACCUGUCAGUUUCCGAAAGGAUCAACUCAGAAACAUGAGAGCCAUGAUGCUGCAGGAAGCCGAUCGUUUGGCCGCUGCAACAAAAGCUGACCUUGGCAAACCAUAUCAAGAAUUUUACAUGUCAGAAAUCGUACUGACCGUCAGCGAAAUCGAUUCGAUGAUGGAGAACCUGAACUCGUAUGUGGCCAACGAGGCACGCGCUCGUAGUUUGGCCACGAUGAACGACACCCUGGAAAUCCAGCAGUCUCCCCUAGGUGUCGUUCUUAUAAUCGGUGCAUGGAAUUACCCAGUCAGUCUCAUGAUGCUACCGGCUUUGGGGGCAAUCGCUGCUGGGAACUGUAUCGUGUUCAAGCCUUCGGAAGUUGCUUCACAUACCGAGACUGUGUUGACGAACGCGAUUGAAAAAUAUUUGGAUAAGCGUUGUUUCAGGGUAGCAACAGGCGGUGUGAAAGAAACCACGGCCUUGUUGAAGCAAAAGUUCGACCACAUCUUCUUCACCGGCAGCACAGCAGUCGGAAAAAUCGUAUAUCAAGCAGCAGCGAAGCAAAUGACUCCUUGCAUCCUGGAACUCGGUGGAAAAAGGCAAGUUUUUGAAUGCCCAAAAAAAAUCGUGAUAAAUAUACCUGAGUCUUACAUAAUUGAUGGUGAAAUUUAUGGAGUGUCAUUUGUUAUCCACAGUCCCUGCUACUUGGACAACACAGUGAACAUGAAAAUAGCCACGAAACGAAUAAUGUCCGGAAAACUUUUGAACGCUGGACAAACUUGCAUCGCUCCGGAUUAUUUGAUGUGCACGCCUGCUGUGAGAGAUGCAUUUAUUCGGGAAGCGACGGAAGUUUUGAAGACUUGGUUUCCGGAAGGACCGAAAGACACUGAUGACUAUUGUCGCAUUAUCAAUGACGUGCGAUUUCAGUUAAGUUUUCUUCAAGCCUCGAAAUUGAAACAAUUGAUUGAGUCGAGUGGGAAAAUACAAAUUGGAGGCCAUUUUGAUGCCGCUUCCAAGUACGUUUCUCCAACAAUCCUGGUGGACGUGAAACUGUCCGAUCCCAUCAUGCAGGAAGAAAUUUUCGGCCCUGUUCUGCCAAUCAUUGUGGUUCAAAAUCACGAAGAGGCGAUUUCUAUUAUCAAUCAAAGGGAUCAUCCCUUGACAACUUACGUGUUCUCGACGGACAAUAAAGUGAUUGAACAAUUUGCGACGAAAACGUCCAGUGGGAGCUUUGUCGUGAACGAAACUGUUUUUCAUUUUGCAGGCAAGUUUCAUCUGGUUUAUUUCUCGAGAUUAAAUUUUAAUUUGGUUUUUUUAAACAUGUCAGUCGAAUCCUUGCCAUUUGGAGGUGUCGGGAUGAGUGGCCUUGGAAAGUACCACGGAAAAGCUUCAUUUGACGCUUUUGUGAAUAAGCGAGCUGUAAUGAAGAAAACUUUCAACCCACUGAUUGAAACUGCUGGC